CUGUUUCCCAAUCAAGUGGCCAAUUGUUUGGGGUUUUGCACAUCAAAAUAAGGUCUACUAUACACACUCUUGUACUCGUCAAAUAUCGAAGUCUAAUCCGCAUAUGCUAACAUCAACGGCUGCAUGUGCUUCCAUGGAAAUUUCUCCAAACAACACCGCCGUCUCCUUCAGCUUCUACAAACAUGCGCAACCCUCCCAUCUCUCAGAACAACAAAAUCCCUCCACGCGCUCACCAUCACAACGGGCCCAGUCCCGAACCAACCCAUUUUUCCUUACAACAAUAUCGUUUCUUGUUAUGUUACGCUUGGCGAACUAUUGUUUGCACGUCAGUUGUUUGAUAAAAUGCCCCAGAGAAAUGUAGUCUCAUAUAAUACGAUAAUUAGUGCUUAUAGUAGAUGUGGGGAUGUAGAGGAAGCUUGGAGUUUGUUUUCUGAGAUGAGGGGUGUCGGAUUCAGGCCGACUCAGUUCACGUUCGGUGGGUUAGUAUCGUGUGGGGCACUGGAUCUUCAUCGAGGUGUUCAGCUGCAGGCGUUGGUUUUAAAGAACGGACUGUUUCAUGCUGACGCUUUUGUGGGGACUGCUUUCUUGGGUUUGUUUGGGAGGCACGGUUGCGUGGAAGACGCGGUUCUUUCAUUUGAAGAUAUGCCUUGUAAGAGCUUGGUGACAUGGAAUUCAAUGUUGUCUUUGUUUGGACAUCAUGGGCUUGUUGAAGAUUGUAUUUUUUUGUUCCGUGAGCUCUUGACGGUGGAGACUGCUCUGUCUGAAAGUUCUUUUGUUAGUGUUUUGUCUGGAAUUUCGUGUCAACGAGAUUUGGCGUAUGGGACACAAAUACAUGGUCUACUGACUAAAAAUGGGUUUGAUAAUGAAGUUUCUGUUGUGAAUUCUCUUAUCAAUCUGUAUGUGAAAUGUGCCGGCAUAUGCUCAGCAGAGAAACUCUUUGAGACGGUGACCGAUCUGGAUGUUUCAUCAUGGAAUACAAUUAUUUCUACCGUGGCAAAUAGUGAGAUACCUGGAAAAGCAUUGGAACUCUUUUUGAAAAUGUGCAUGACUGGAGUGUUGCCUAGCCAGCCCGCAUUUGUAAGUGUUAUUAACUCUUGUACGAGUCUGGAGAUUCCAAUGUAUGGAGAAUUCAUUCAUGCUAAAACAUUUAGGAGUGCUUUUGAAUCUGAUGUAUAUGUGGGUAGUGCAUUGGUUGACUUUUAUGCUAAAUGCGAUAAAUUGGUAGAUGCCCAUCACUGUUUCGAUGAGAUAUAUGAGAAGAAUGUGGUUUCUUGGAAUGCUCUGAUUUUGGGUUACUCAAAUAAAUGCUCUUCCACUUCUAUAUUUUUACUCCAAGAUAUGCUGCGAUUGGAUUUCCGACCUAAUGAAUUCUCAUUUUCGGCUGUUCUUAGGUCAUCGCUAGCAUUGGAAGUCCAGCAGCUUCAUGGUUUAAUUAUAAGAAUGGGCUACCUCAGUAAUGAGUAUGUGUCAAGCUAUCUUGUUACCUCAUAUGCCAAAAAUGGUCUCAUAUCUGAUGCCCUGGUCUUUGUCACUGCUUCUUACAAUCCACUCCCUGUUGUCCCCUCUAACAUCAUUGCUGGAAUUUAUAACAGAAGUGGUCAAUACAAUGAAACACUAAAGCUGCUUUCUCUACUUGAAGAACCUGACCUUGUAUCUUGGAACAUUGUGAUUGCAGCUUGUGCUCGCAACAAUGAUUACAAAGAGGUUUUUGAGCUUUUCAAACACAUGCAUAUGUUUCACAUCCAUCCAGAUAAUUACACGUAUGUUAGCCUUUUGAGCGUGUGCGCUAAACUUUGCAACUUUGCUUUAGGAAGUUCCAUCCAUGGUGUAAUGAUCAAAGCAGAUUUCAAUCGCUGUGAUACAUUUGUUUGCAAUGUGUUAAUCAAUAUGUAUGGGAAAUGUGGGAGUGUAGAAAGUUCAGUGAAAAUCUUUGACAAAAUGACGAAUAGAAAUCUCAUCACGUGGACAGCUCUAAUAUCUGCCUUUGGACUUAAUGGUUUUGCUCAUGAGGCAUUAGGAAAGUUCAGAGAAAUGGAGCUGCUGGGGUUUAAGCCUGAUAGGAUAUCUCUGAUUGCAGUGCUUACUUCGUGCAGACAUGGUGGCUUAGUGAGAGAAGGGAUGGAAUUGUUUGGACGAAUGAGGAGUUAUGGAGUUGAACCCGAAAUGGAUCAUUACCAUUGUGUGGUGGACUUGUUGGCUAAGUACGGACAUGUUAGAGAAGCAGAGAAAAUGAUUGCCAGCAUGCCUUUCCAACCUGAUGCCAUUAUAUGGCGUAGUAUCCUUGAAGGCCAUAAGAGACAAGGAAAUGCAGUGGAUCAAGGCAUAAAACAUCCAAAUUCGGAUCAGCCCAGCAAAUACCUUUCUAUGGGAGAUUAGGCAAUGCCACUGUUUAUCCGUGCAGUUCCCUUAUGUAAAGGUCAGACUGAGCUCCACUUAACAAGGAUGGAAGCCAGAGCGGGGAAGGACUCAACGGAUGUUUCCUUUGCCUCCUUGCUCGAUAUUUGGGUGUAUCCUUCUGUACGUUAUACACACUUUGGUGAGAGAUGCUCUACAGGUUUUAUGUUGUCGUGUCUUUUGUAAAUCCAACAGAUUGUGGCCCAUCAAGCAUCCACUUCUCUUUAGUAUGUGGCACCCAGAUCACCUGAGAGCCCGUUUGGUUUUACUUUAUGGAGUUGAACCCAUAUCACAUGUUAACGAGGGGUAGUGAAACCACGAGGCCAUUUUCUUCUUGGGGGUUCUGGUUGUGCUGAGUGGCCAGUUCUUGUUCCGACGGGAUCUCCCUGGCCACUGACUGCUCCAUGGGGAUCACAGUGUCGUUGUACAUGGACGGCAGAGAUCUUUGACCCCUAGUUAUAAGUUAUGGCUUUGCAUCACCACCUGCGGGUGAGCGAUUUGGGGCUGGCAUUGAUCACUAUGAAGUGCAAAGAGAUUCACAGUUUGGAUCUCUCUUGUUUGCCGAAAAAUUACUGUUUGGCAACUAAGAAAGCUUAGGAAAGCAAAGGAAAAGGAAAAAAAAAAAAUCACCUUGAUUAAUUAAGGUUUAAGUAGUUUUCUAUAGAUUAUUAAUUAGUUAUACAUUCAAGUAGUUGAAUUUCAUUUCUUUUACAAAAUUUUUUGCUCAAAAAACAAUUGCAGUUCAUUUUAUAUUUUCUAAAAGGGGUUUUCCAUUUUAUAUUUUUAUUUGUAUUGUAGUUGUUGCCUGUUGGUUGGUUGCUUUCUUUAAUUGCACUCCAUUUUGGGUUCUCUGAGUUUGCUUUGCGUUUGUGGAAUUGAGUCUGUUUGAUUGAUCAAUUUGCAAAGCUGACAAAAUUUGCUGGUUUCAACAGCGGUUGAUAUGUAGGCAGAAAGAUAUGAGAACCAUGUUCUUCUUCGUGUGCUGUGUUUUGUUGUUGUGGGUUGAAAUUCAAUUGGUUCUUUCUGGCU